AUGUUACUCCUAUUGUUGAUUCCAUUGGCUUUGGCCCAAAAUCCGUACGGACCAUCACAGCUUGAUCAGUAUGCACGACUGUUGAAUUCUGGGAAUCUCGGCGGUUUUGGAUUCUUCCAGAAUGCACUAGCACAGGGAACUGUGCGAGGUCUUGGUGAUUUGAAUCCACCACCUUUGCUAGCUGGGCUACCUCCACUUCCACUUACACAUGAGGAAGUGAUGAGGCAACUAACCUCUACGCCUCCUCCUCCAACAACUCGAGCUACAGCCAUUCCAACAACACCUUCUACAAAUCCAGGAGGUGUAUACGCGGUGAAUACUCUGGUAGAGCUGCCUCCAAUGCCAGAAAAUCGAUUGCAUGGUAAAUUCGACGAUGAUGGAGUAUUUCAUCCAGACAGUAAAAAUGAAAAAAAUGACGAUGAUCACAUCGUCAGAAAUCAGAUCCAAGGUACUAAAAUUCGUGACUUCUCACAAACGGAGAGAGAUACCGUCGAGGGACACGCUGAAGAAACUUCCAACAAAGAAGAGGAAUAUACGGAUGACGAAUCCUUUGAAGACCCUUCGAUCCGAGGUUCAUCUCCUGCAGAAGCUCAUCAAUUGGCUCAGCACAACGAGAAAACUCGAAAAACAAGGCAAAACCAUCCUAAUCAGCGUCAAAUUUCCCAGUCAGCAUAUCCACGAAGAUAUUACGAUCUUCAAAAAAGUCAACGUGGAGGAGGAUAUCGACCGAAUGUACAACGGGAGGGACGCUACCCUCCGUUUAUUUUUAGACCAAGACCCCCACCAUCUCAAAGAGAGCCAGAAUACAACAAUCUAUUAGCGGAAAUUGAAGAAUAUGACGAUUUCUUGGAACAACAACGAGUAUAUCGAUCCCGUUAUCCACAAGCAGCAAUCCAUAACCCAUAUCGAGAUCUUCCAGCCGGACAGCUUCCUGCACCCGGCUCAUAUUCGGCACAGCAAGAACCACAACGCUCAUUUGAAAUCCCUGCUCCAAGGAGAAUUUCAAAUGGUCCCAGUAACAUCUGGUCACCGCAGCAGCAAUCCUGGUCAUCACAACAGCAGAACGCUGUGACGGACUUUCCACCAACAGCAGCACAAAAUCCAUUGCUCAACUUUUUCAACUUGUUUUCUGUCCCACAUGCACACGCAUUAGCUGCACCACAAGUGAAUCUGGACGACGUCACAUUGAUCCCAACAACGACAACCACACUGCCACCGCGUCCAAAUCCUUAUCAGCUUGGUAUGUUACCGAUUCCUGCCCAAGGAAUUCCCCUUGUGGAUAUCCAACAACAACCACUGAGCUUUCCUCAACCAGGAAGUCCUCUUGUCCUGACACCAUUGUUUGGGCAUGGAAAGUGA